UCUUCGUCGAACAAUGUCGUCUGGUGAUGGUAAUGCCGUUCACUUCUUCAAGAAAAUUCAUGAAGACACACUUCGAAACGGGGAUCUGAGAAUACCUCGGAGUUUUGUGAUUAAAUACUGGCAAGAUAUAUCAAAUCCACUGCAUCUUCUUCUUCCCAAAGGUGCUGAAUGGGAAGUAAAGUGGAGAAAAGUUGGUGCUGACAUUUGGUUAUUUGAUAAAUGGAAGAAAUUUGCAGAAUUUUAUUCUUUGGACGAAAAUGAUCUCUUGAUGUUCAAAUAUGUGGGUAUGUCUCGGUUUGAGUUGGUCAUACUUCAUCAAGCUGGCUUGGAAAUUAUGUACCCUUUAAAGGAAGCAACUUUAGAUAAUGCAGAGAAUGGUAAUGGUAAUUCUUCACUACACUUCAAGAAGACAAAAUCUUCUUUACCACGUUGUCGUUUUAGCAAGAAGGUGAAAACCAACUGUAGAAACCCACCUAAUAUCUCUGAAGAUGUUACAAAUAGAAGUGGUCCAUCUCAUAGCAUCAAGGAGGAGUUAGAUGAACAAAAUGCAAAUGGUUUUCAUAGUACAAAAUUCCAAAAAAGAGUUACUAAAAGAAAACCUUCUGCCUGUAAUUUUUCAACUAGAAGUGGCACUGCUAUGGAGAGAGCCGAAUCUUUCCGCUCUAAGAAUCCCUUCUUCAUUCGUAAAAUGCAACCAUCAUAUAUUCAAAGACAUAUGAUGACGGUGCCGAAUAGUUUCAUAACAGAAGAUGAAGAAGAUGAGCAUGACGGUGUUACUCUUUGGACAUCUGAAAGCAGACCUUGGCAUGUUGAAUUUUAUCGGAAUAAUAGCAGUAACCAAAUAAAUUUUACUACUGGAUGGAAGAAUUUUGUAAAGGAUAAUAACUUGCGACUAGGGGAUGUAUGUGUUUUUGAGAAAAUCAAGAAAUCGGGAAUUUCAUUCAAAGUUAUAAUUUUUAGACACAGAGAAGAAUCAAGUUCUCCUAGGUUUUCAGAUCAUUCAAUUCCUGAAUGCAAAGAAAGGGAGUUAGAGAAUCACUUCAGUGUCUGCAUCAAACCUAAGGAUUUCAAUUCUGUGAAUCUUCCAAGGGAUUUCUUAAAAAAUCAUGGUAUUCGUCAUUCAAAUGCAGUGAUCCUGGAAGUUGGGAAGAAAUCAUGGAAUGUGAAGCUAGACUCUUACUGUAGAUCCACCAGUGGUUGGCGUGAAUUUAUUAGAGAGUGCCAAUUGAAGUCUGGAGAUAUUUGUCUAUUCGAGUUGAUUGAUAAGAAGAAGAUGGUGUUUGAAGUUACCAUUGUAGUAUGCAUCGAGUGAUGUUUUUUUCUCUCUAUUUUACUUUUGAAACCUAUCUAGUUUAAUGUAUGUUUUUUUAAGGAAUUUGACAUUAAUGAAAUUUUAUUUAA